ACAGUGACGGCUUAUGUGUAAUUAUAUUUAUUUUCUUUUACGAUUUGACAGUACCAAAAAAUGGCUUUUCAGCAUCGCAUUAAAGCUCGAAAUGCAGCUGAAGACGCCAAGUUCAACAGAGUUUCUGAACUAUUUGACAAGCGUAAAAACAACGUUGCGAAAGAYCUGCUAGAUAUUCAAGCAACAAGAAGACUCUUCGAGGCAAGCAAAAAGACAGCUAACGAAUCCAAACAGAGGUCUCGAACAAAAAGCUUAGAUGAAAUGCAUCAAUGGACAGUGAGCUCCAAAAAUACUGAAGAAAAAUUACCGAAAUUGUCAGAUAGUAAGAAAAUGACAAGAAGAAUUUCCUUGCCGAGUAACCAUAAGUUUGGUAUGUCAAGAAAUGAUGAUACUAGUAGCAAAUUUGUUCAAAAAUUGGAAGGCAUUCAGGAACGGGACAAAGACUCACUCAAACUACCAGUGAUAAAAUCAAAAUCAACUUUAGAUUUGAGCAAUACCAAGGACUUUUCCCCGAGUGGUAAAGUUAGAUCAAUGGAAUCUCUUAGAGCUAAUUGCCCGGUAGCUAAAUCCCCGGUAGCAAAUUCCCCGGGAUCUAAUUCCCCGGGAGCUAUUUCCCGGAGAGCUAAAUCCCCGAUGGCUAAAUCUCCGGGAUCUAAUUCCCCGGGAGCUAUUUCCCCGAAAGCUAAAUCCCCUGUAACAAGUAAGAAGCAGAGGCGCCACAGUGCUGAUGUUAACGACAAUCUUCCACCAACACCACAAAUUGUCUGCCAUGACGCUAAUGGGAAUGAAACUUGUUGCAAAGCGAUUCAAAAGCAAAGGAGAGAAAGGGCGCUAGUUGAACUAGAGCGUCUUUCAAGGUCUACAAAUGAGCUUGAUCAACUUAUGGCGGGAAAAUUUAAAAGGAUUGGUGAGGGAUCCCUGGGUGAGUCGUACUUACGAAGCAAACGAGUCCAGUCCUAUGAAAGUGGAAUUGAUAUGAAAGAAGAUGAACAAGAUUCAUCCCGUGACGUCACACAACGCCGCCAACUAGACCACAUGGGAAAUAGGCUAAAUAUCCCUCUAUCAGCGACGAAACGAACAGACUCCAACAGAUCAACAGAGUCAAUUUACAGGCAAGAAACACUACGAUCAAAAAGCUGCACUGCAUUGGACGGAAUUGAUUAGACUUAAAGCAAAAUUAAAAAGGAAAU